UUGAUCUCCUCUGGCAGCUUUAACAGCCUCCAGUCUGAACCUGCAGCCUCCAGCUCAGCCUCCUCUCUUUAGGCUGUUUGCUCCGUUCUUCUCCAUCAGGUUGGAUGGAGACGUCUGUCAGCCAUGUUCACCUCUCUCCAGAGAUGUCAAUCAGAUUCAUGUCUGGACUCUGGUUUGGCCCCUUCAGGACGUUCACAGAUUGGUUCUGAAGCCUUUCAGAUCUGGAUCAUGUGCUUUGGGUUGAAAUGUCGCCCCAGUCUGAGGUCAGGAUGCUCUGCAGUGGGUUUUCAUCCAGGAUGUUUCUGGCGCUCACACCAGACAGUUCAACUUUUGUCUCAUCAGACCAGUGAAUCUUGUUUGUCCUGGUCUGAGAUCCUUCAGGUGCUGUUUAGUGAACUCCAGACUGGUUGCCAUGACACUUUUAUUGAGUGGCUCUCUGGCCACAGAACAUGUUGUCCUUCUGGAAGUUUCUCCUCUCUCCAUAGAGGAACACUGCAGCUCUGACAGAGUGACCAUCAGGUUCUUGGCCUCCUGACCUGAUGGCUCAGUUCAGAAGGCAGCGGCUCCAGGAAGAGUCCUGCUGGUUCCAGACUUCCUCCAACUGACCAACAAUGGAGGUCACUCAGCUCACCAAGCAGAAACUGGACUUUCCAAAUAAUAAAACACAGCAGUAUAAGGUAUCGCCAACAUUUAUUGCCAGUAAUAGUUCGAUCUGCACGUGACCACCAGAGCAGUUUUAAUCUGGGGGUGACAUCAGUCUUCAGGACCGCGGACAGCUCCGGCUCUGAGCUCAGAGGUUUACCAGCAGAGGGGGAAUAAAGAUAAAGCAGUGUUAGCAUCAUGCUACAGGCUGCAGCUGGUUAAUACUUCAUUAAUACGCUUUGUUAACAAGCCGCCUGGCUCGUUCCGUCCCUGCUCCUGUUUCCGGUCUGUGUCUGUGGAGUGGAGCAGAGGUAAAGCUGUCACAUGAUUGCUGCGGCCGCUCAGCAGCAGCAGCAGCCGGAGCUCCGUGGAAAACACACGGCUUUGUUUCCCACCCAGCACCCUCCCCCCCACCCGACACACACACAACACCUCCUCCACCGCCGCAUCUCUGCCUCUAGUCAUGCCAUGGAUACUUUGUGGCAAUACCAGUUCCGAAUCAUCCUGCUGGGGGACUCCACCGUGGGGAAGUCGUCGCUGCUGAAGCGCUUCACGGAUGGGAUUUACAGCGACGUGGCGGAUCCCACGGUCGGGGUGGAUUUCUACGCCCGCUCGCUGGACAUCGAGCCCGGGGUGAAAAUCAAGCUGCAGCUCUGGGACACGGCCGGACAGGAGCGGUUCAGGUCUAUCACAACAUCAUACUACCGCAACUCUGUUGGGGGACUGCUAGUCUUUGACCUCACCAACCGCAAGACCUUUGACCAUGUGAAAGAAUGGCACAAGGAGGUGAGCGAGCACAUCCUUCCCCACCACAUGGUCUACAUUCUCAUCGGCCACAAGAGCGACCUCAACAAGGACCGCAAGGUGAGCCGGGAUGAGGCCGAGCAGCUAGCCGCCGAUCUGGGAAUCCGCUACAUCGAGACGUCGGCUAAGUGCAACAGCAAUGUGGACCGGGCGUUCGAGCUGCUGACCAGAGAUAUCUUCGAGCUGAUGAAGAUGGGGGAGAUCGUUACCCGUGAUGGCUGGGAUGGCGUUAAAAGUGGCCUCACUGCAAAGGUCCUCUACCCGGGCGACGACGAAGAGGAUCUUGCGACUGCUUCCCCAGAGAAGGGCUGCCACUGCUAACUGUUGAUUCUUUGUGUUCAUAAACUGUCCCAUCGCACUGAGAUCUCACCUCGUCUUGCGGCCGUCCAUAGAAACCAGACCACUCUGGGUCAGCACCCUGUGAUGUAGCCACUGUUCCUUCCUUACUUUGUGACUUGUGCCCUUGUCUUUGUUUGGGUCAUUCUAAGAGCUGGGAUUAUUGCCAGGAAAUGUGCAUUCCAGUCUUAUUGGCAGGUGGAAUCUAUGUAGUGAGGCAUAACACCAGGUGCAUAGAGCCUUACCCAAUGUGAAAAACAGAACCUAGCCAUAUGCCCUUCUCUCAGUACAGGAGCAAACGGACUUAUGAUUGUAAGGUCUACCUGUCAAAGUUCGUGCAAUGUUUUGCCUACACUCUGUUGUAACUCUCAUAGAUAAUAAAAACUAUAGAGAUGGUGUGCAAAGAGAUCACAGGAAGCUGUUGGAGUUGAUAGUGUAAAGACACACAGCAUACUGCAAUAAGUGUAAAUCAGUGUGCUGCUCCUCCUGUUAUUGUAAACUGUGUGCACUAACACCAAACUGAUUUUAAACCUUUAAUCAUCUUGUAAAUAGAUGCAUACCAUCAGAAUCUGAGGAUAUUUGUAGUUAAGAUGUUUACAUACAGAUAGACCAUGGUACUAAGAUUAGUGGUUCCAUUUAAGGCAUCUGUAAAUAACACUAGUAAUAAGAUGGACACUAGAGGUGUUAAUGUCUCACUAAGAAUUGCUUGAAUUGGUAAAGGAAAAUAAUUUCUUAUUUUUUUUUCUAUAAGCAUUCACUCACUUAGGGUAACAUUGAUAAAACUGUAACAGCUUUAUUGGGAAAGAUGACACUGAGAGAAAACUGGAAUCAUGGGAAAAUUGUGAGAGAUGCUGUGAGACUAGUUGUUCCCACCCACUGUGUUAACUGGGAAAAACUGAAGGUUUGGAACGAUUUUCUGACCAGUUUCAUCUUACAAAAACACAAGAGUAAGUAACUCAAACAAAAACUUCUUCAGCUCUCUUUUAAGCCCUUUCUGAAAGUCACAGUUGAAAGCGAAUGGCUUUAUAGGGUGUAGUAACUUCAACUUUCCAAGUGGAGGCACUGACAGUGUUAGGUGGGUGAAUUCCUCAUUAGGCUUCUCCCCUUCACACCCUCAGUGAAACUUGUUUUCUGUCACUUGUUACAUGACUACAAAACUUUUCCUUGCUCUACUUAUUUUUAAAGUUUUUCUUUCAACCAUCAUAAAAUUAGCACAUCUUUUGCAACAUUCAAGUUGUAAGUCAAAUCUUACAGCGUAGAGAUUAGAUAUCUUCUGUGGGUGGAUCUACACAGAAGAUACUGGACAGCUAUUGCAUAACUAGCUUCUACUGAACCGCUCUUCUCACAGGAAUAACAUCACGCAAAGUACAUAAAAAGCUGUUAUUGUUUCAGCUUUGCAUUCUAACAAAAAACAUGCUUUAGGAGCCGUGAAAACUGUAGAUCUGAAAAGGUCUUUCAGUGCCAACCUGGUGUUUCCCUUUAUGCCACCUUUGAGUUUUCAUGUCGAUAACCACAAAACAUUUAGCUAAAGACCCUGACGUCAUUACCCCAGCUCUAACGCAACUCUCAACCUCAAGAACAUAAACAUGUGACCUUCAGGUUCAUUCCUCUGUUUUGGGUGUUUUUUGUCAUGGCGGUGUUGCACUGCCGCCUGCAGGUCUGGCAUGGUUACUGCAGUGUUUUAGAUAAUUUUCAUGACUUGAAAUAAUGUCAUGUUCAUCAGAUUUUUUUUUAAAUCAACCUAUAUCUUGAUAAGGUCUAAGAUAAUAUUUGAUGGUUCAUUCAGGUCUUUGUCAGUGACUGCUAUUCUGAGCUAUUCUUUGAACUUGCUUGCGUUUGAAAGUGAUUGGUGCAUGUUUCCAAACAAAAGUCUGUCCACUGUGUUCUUCCUUUUAGUUUGAUGGUCUAUCUAACAAUGACUUUUAUGGGAUCAAUUAUUUUAACUUUAGCUUUAAGAUAACAUAUUAGCCAGCCAGCUACCAAAUGAAAAGGGUUGUUUUCUACUGCUUUUUGUCUUUUGCAGACUUCUGAUAUAUGACAAAUAAGUGUGCUAGUAUACUUCUGGGUCAAUGUCUCCAUGUGUGAAGCCCAGGUAAGAUGUCUCUGCUUCAAUUCUUCAAGGUAAAACAGACAAGAAGCUUUCUUAUAGUGUGAAGUGAACACAUUCAUCUUGUUAAAUCUUGCAAGAGGAAAAAUUUAAAUGUUUCAUCAACAUUUGAAAUUGUUACUAUUAAUGUAUUCUCAAAAUUCUCAAAACCCAAACUGUGUCUCAUUAGUCAAGAGAGAAGAUUAUUUUUGCACCUUAAUUGUAGAAAAAAUAUGUAUUUGUUGGGAUUCUAAAUUAUAUUCUAAAGUAUAUAAACUUACUACUAAAGUUACUAGAGGUGAACCAAUCACUCAGCCCUGAUUUCCCUCAUUUUCAGAGAUCAGUGAUCGGCUGAUACUUACAUAUGAAGCUGAUGUUGUCCUCUGAUCUUAUCUACCUGGGUAAAGGUCUAAAAAUCAGUCACUGUUCUCUUACUCUGCCACAAGAGAGGUUUGACUGUCAGACUGACCCACCAUAUCAUGUCUGCAUGUUUGCAGUUAAGAAUAGUUACUUUACUGUUGCCAACUCAGCGACUUUCUUGCUAUUAGAAUUCCCAGGUCAUUGGCAAUCUGCGACCAGCAAGAAAACUGCAAUCGGUGCAUCCCUAAAAGUAACCCAAAACUCAUGACUAAUUUAGCCACCACACUUCCUUCUACAAUGCCAUACUUAGCGAAGAGUGAAAUGUAAUUAUAACAAAGCAUGACAUGCAGUCUUCCCAGGUUUCAGAAUUCUUUUGGACUAAAGAGGUUUUAAACAGCCUGAUAACCCAGAACUCUUAGGAAUUCACUCGUCUUCACCACCUACUAAACCUCCACCACCAAACACAAGAUUGCCAGACAUUUAUUCUGUUCUAUAAUAUAGAAUAUUUAGUUAAUUCAGCAUACAAUAUGUGUUAUAGCACAGUGUAAUAUAAGGACGAUAGUAUGCUACAUCUGCAGCAUCCCUUUAUUUUUUACUCUUACACUCAAAUUCACUUUUCUAUAUAUUUUUGUUCAUGCAUAUUAUAUACAGUAUAUAUGUUCUGAGUGCACAGGAAGACUUUAUCUUACAGGUUCUUUGCCUUGAUAGAUUCAAUUUAAAUGAGUAUUUCUGACUAUGCUCCAGUUAUUACCUUUUUCCUUGUCUCCUCCUUUAUACAGGGUCAAGCUGCUCAUGAUGAAUAACAUGCUGUCAUUCUUUACUGACUCCAUCGUUUCAGUCUGCUGCUCUUUUUACCCAACUUUUCAAUUUAUUAACCACAGUAGAUAAAGAUCAUGCCUUUUUAACUUCGAAGGAUGAUCAAAUAUUAUUUCUGAAAGACUUCAUUUUUGAAUCAAAUGCCUCUUUAGCCACCAAUGGGAAUCAACUAAGAGUAACAUUGAAAAUAACGUCUCAAGUCAUAUUACUAUAUUAGGUGUGAUGUAGGCGAUGCAAAUCAUUGUCACUUUCCACUGCAAACCCAGCUUCUUUUGUCACGUAAUAUGUAGAAAUAAGUUACGUUUUUACAGAAAUCUGCAUGUUUGGCUUUGAAAUGUGAUCGGAGAAUAUUGUUGCCACUCAUACGUAUGUGUGGGGGUUGAAUCUAGAGCUAGAGGCAGCCUUACUUUGCAGCAUGUAUACUAAGUCCAAGGACGAGUACUGGAGAAAAAGUUGGAAAAGCAUCUGCUAAGCCAUGCUAGUUAGGUUUUGAACUACACUUCAUUUUCAAACUGAUUAGGCUACAUAUACAUAUUCAUUUAAGAUCAGCUUAGUUAUACAGUUAAUAGGAUUAACUAUUAACUGUAUAGCUAAUAGUUAUACAGUUAAUAUAACUGUAUAACUAAGUUAUACAGUUAAUAGGAUUAACUGUAUAACUACUAGCUGAGGAAUCAGUUUAGGAAGUGAGAACAAGAAAGUGGCUCAGUCAGAUUUUGCUAAGGCUAGUUUAGCACAGCUGUUGGCUAGGAGUAUUUUUUCAGAUUCUAUUAUGUCACUUUAUUUUAAAGUUGUUGUUUUUUUCUGGUAACAAUCACAUGUUUCUUAAUUAGUCACCAAACUUUAUUUUCAGUUUGCACAAGGCUUUGAAGAAGAGAAAAUGUUAAGAUUCUCAUAUGUUGUACAAACUGGUCUAAAUCACUUUUCAUGAUAAAGAAAAUGCACUUGUGGAACUAAAUCACAAACUCUUCAGAGGUUAGAAUUCAUGACUUUACUUUUUUUAAUUUGUUACUUAAAAUAUUUUUUUGGGGGUGAUGUAAUGUCAGUGACUGAUAAAAGAAUAAAUAAAUAGAUGUUCAAUAUAUCA